AUGAACCGCAAUUUUCUCCGAAUUUUACUUACAUUGGCGGCAGUCUCCGUUCCUGCGUUGUUCUUGGGUGUCAACGCCACCGAAGGAUCCUGGUUUGACGGAAUGGAAUUUGAAGAGUAUCAUCCUCCAGACCAACAGGAUGGAAGUGAACCCAAAUUCUCGCAACAAAUUGUCUGGAGAAUUCCUUGUGGUCUCAUUCGAGAGUGGACCGAUCCAUCCGUAGCAUCCAGUGUUCUGCCGUUGUCAACAGCAAUUGACAUUAAUCAAUCCACUUCGACUAUUCACGACAGCUUUCUUCAGCUGAAUUUUGACAAAGACGAAUCGUCCAAGCUAACGGUACAAGAUGCGACGAAUGGAACCCAUUACAUUCCAUCAGGAUCGCUGUGGUUGCGCAUGGGAAGUACCAAAGCCACCGUCAUGGCACCCCAGCUGGAAGUAGUCGUCACGACGACGCAUAGUGACAAAAACAAGAAUGAAUAUGAUGGCGACGACGACAGUAUACAAUUGAGACUGGGAAUGGAUUUUAUGUCCAUGUAUCAAGGGCGGCUGGAUGCAGAGGGAGCAGGUGGCCUUUUUCUUGUCUUGAAGAAUCAUGGGGACGACGACGGAGCAAAUAUAGGGGACGAUGAGGUGUUAGUUCCGAUUUGGCAACCUCGAUCUCCAAUCAAUCACGAAGAAUUGUAG